UCAAGUACAAUAAGAAAUCAACUCUCAAGGCUAAAAUUUCACAAAAAAUUUCAUAAAAUAAUCCAUUAUAUAUUUAAGUCAAAUUUAAAUUAGGUUUUAUUAAAACGAUGAAGGAGCUCCCACGCUUUUCAUCUGCAUUGCGUGCGAAUACAGACUUAGAAGCGAAACUUCCACUAACCGGUGCCGCUUCAGCCGACCUGCGAAAACUGCAACAAGAUGAAAUAGCUGAAAGACAAACCGUGUCAAAAGUGCUGGAACAGUUUCCGGCCGAUAAACAAGCACGAGCGAAGGUAAAUCUUGUAAAAUUGCGGAAUAUUGUGCAAGAAUGCAUGGGCUACGAGGAACAACCUCAAGUUGUGGAUCAUGCGACACUAUUUCUAUUUUGGUUGCUGCUGGAGCAGCGCGUUGUGACCAUAGCCUCCAAAAUGCGUGUACGCAGUAUGUUUGGCAGUGUUUUCGAAAAUAAAUUUACAAAAAUGCAAGAAUGUGUGGGUGCUCUGCGUGAACUGCUUGAAGAUUAUCAAAUAGAAUCGCUAAAGCAGUGGAAUCGCAAAACCAAUCGAGAUGCACUGGACAAGAAAAGUUGGGGCACAAAUAUACGCAUACGCUUGAAAGGACCACCAUUAGGCGAUUUACAUCAAUUGCAGGAUCUCGCUCCUACCGCACAAUUGCUCAAAAACGCGUCAGUCAACUUUUCAAUGCAGUGGAAUCAAGAAGCCGAACAACAACACAGUGGACAUGAUGAAAGCGAAUUAACGCAACUCUUGGAGAUAUCAAUAGCUGCUGGUGAUCCGAAACUGGUUGCGAAAGUGAACGAGCAACUUAGUUCCAAACGUACUAACAACGAGCUGCAAAAUGAACUCAUCGAACUGUUGGGCUUUGAACGUUUUGAUUUGGUACAACAGCUGCUAGAGCAACGCAGCACAAUUGCUGCACAAUUAGUGGAAUAUGAAAAGCGUGAACAGCGUUUGCAACUCAGUAAAUUAGCGCAGCAACAAAGAACUGCGGGUAACGCUGAAUUGCGUCCGACCGUUGCGAAAACCGUAGUAGUGCAAUCUGCACUAGAAAAAGAAUUGAACAAACAAAAUCGCCGCGAGGAGAAAAAAUUGCAACGCAUGUUGCAUAGCAUCAAUCGAAAUAACGACAACGAUGAUGAGAACGUCGCUCGUGCACUAAAUCCAACGCAAUUGCGUCUACAACAACAACGUAAAUUACUUGAAAAUGUACAGCAGCAACCGGUGCUGAAAACAACGCAGCGCUUGCAAGAAAUGCGCGCAGCAGCCAAUUACAACAGCAACGUCAUACAGUAUCCAUAUGUGUUCGACAGCCAGUUGAACGCCAAACAACACGCUGGCUUCAUAGGUGGCAAUCGUAUCAGCCUGCCAGAUCAUGCUGAGCGCAUAGACAAUAAACAGUAUGAGGAAGUGAAGAUUGCCGCCAACGAACCACCGCCACUCAGUAUCGGAAACAAUCGCAUACAAAUUUCCGAUCUCGAUGAUAUUGGCAAAAUGGCCUUCGAAAAUUGUACGCAACUCAAUCGCAUACAGUCUGUGGUCUAUCCGGUGGCGUAUCACACGAACGAAAAUAUGUUGGUGUGCGCUCCCACUGGUGCUGGUAAAACUAAUGUCGCUAUGCUGACUAUGGUACAUACAAUACGUGCACAUCUUGAAAAUGGCGUCAUCAAUCGCGAUCAGUUUAAGAUUGUUUAUAUAGCGCCUAUGAAAGCUUUAGCUGCUGAAAUGGUAGAUAAUUUUGGCAAACGUUUAAAAUCUCUAAAUAUUGCAGUAAGAGAGCUGACGGGCGAUAUGCAGCUGACGAAAACGGAAAUGACGCAGACGCAAGUAUUGGUGACAACACCGGAAAAGUGGGAUGUGGUAACUAGAAAAGGCGCUGGAGAUGUGGCCCUAAUAAGUUUGGUGAAGCUCCUUAUUAUUGACGAAGUCCAUUUGUUGCAUGGUGAGCGUGGUCCUGUAGUGGAGGCGCUUGUUGCGCGCACACUGCGUCUUGUGGAAUCUUCGCAGAGUAUGAUACGUAUAGUGGGUCUCUCGGCUACUUUGCCCAAUUAUAUUGAUGUUGCACACUUUCUGCGAGUCAAUCCAAUGAAAGGCCUCUUCUAUUUUGAUUCACGUUUCCGGCCUGUGCCUUUGGAUACGAAUUUUAUUGGCGUGAAAUCGGUAAAACCGCUUCAACAACUCACGGACAUGGAUCAGGUUUGUUAUCAAAAAUGCUUGGAGAUGGUGAAGGAGGGUCAUCAGGUUAUGGUGUUCGUACACGCCAGAAAUGCAACAGUACGAACCGCCACGACCUUGCGCGAAUUAGCACAACAAAAUAACACUAGUGCGUUCUUUCUGCCUAAUGAAGCAACGAAUAGCUACAGCUUGGCGCAACGAGCCAUACAAAAGAGUCGUAAUAAACAAUUGGUGGAGUUAUACGCCUGCGGCUUGGGCAUACACCAUGCGGGUAUGCUGCGUUCUGAUCGUCAGAUGGUCGAGAAAUAUUUUGGCGAGGGUCACAUUAAAGUGCUGGUCUGUACAUCGACAUUGGCAUGGGGUGUCAACCUGCCUGCGCACGCAGUUAUAAUAAAAGGUACUGAUAUCUACGACUCCAAACAUGGUUCAUUCAUUGACCUUGGAAUUUUGGAUGUGUUGCAGAUUUUCGGUCGCGCUGGUCGUCCGCAAUUCGAUAAAAAAGGUGUUGGUACCAUCAUCACCACCUACGACAAGUUGAAUCACUACUUGUCGUUGCUAACUAAUCAAUUCCCGAUCGAAUCGAAUUUCGUGCAAUGCCUUGCCGAUAAUUUGAAUGCCGAAAUAACACUUGGUACUAUUUCAAAUGUUGAAGAAGCCAUUGAAUGGCUGAGUUAUACAUAUUUGUUUGUACGUAUGCGCAUUAAUCCCCAUGUGUACGGCAUCGAAUAUACUGACCUGCACAGAGAUCCCACGCUCGAGGCCAAAAGACGUGGCCUCAUUAUGUCUGCUGCUCUGAGUUUAGACAAGGCGCGCAUGAUACGGUUCAACCAACGCACAAUGGAUUUCAAUAUUACCGACUUGGGACGAACAGCAUCGCAUUUCUAUAUUAAGUAUGAUACAGUGGAGAUCUUCAACGAAUUAUUGAAGCCUUUUAUGAAUGAAGCCGAGAUCUUUGCAAUGAUUUCACAAGCGCAAGAGUUUCAACAACUUAAAGUACGUGAUGACGAAUUAGAAGAAUUGGAUGAGCUGCGCACAUACUACUGUAAGGUCAAAGCGGCCGGCGGCAGUGAGAAUGUCAGCGGUAAGGUCAACAUUCUGAUGCAAACCUAUCUCUCACACGGCUAUGUGAAGUCCUUCUCACUCAUCUCCGACAUGGCCUACAUUGUACAAAACAUAGUACGCAUAACACGCGCGCUCUUCUCGAUUGUGCUGCGCAACAACAACGCUAUACUGGCUACACGCCUUCUGCAGAUCUGUAAAAUGUUUGAACGCCAGCAAUGGGAUUUCGAAACACCGUUGCGACAAUUUUCUUCGAUAAAUGCCGAAACUAUCGACAAAUUGGAACAUCGCGGCAUUAGCCUUUAUACACUGCGCGAAAUGGAGCAAAAUGAACUGAAGGAGAUAUUGCGCAAUCCACGCCAUGCCGAGUUGGUGUUACGCUCAGCACGCGAAGUGCCCAUGCUCGAUAUUGAAGCAACCCUACAACCUAUAACGCGCACAGUCUUACGAAUAAAGAUCGAUAUUUGGGCCGAUUUCAAUUGGAAUGACCGAGUCCAUGGCAAAGUGAGCGAAAUUUUUUGGCUCUGGAUUGAGGAUCCCGAAUCAAAUUUCAUCUAUCACUCCGAGCAAUUUCAGGCCACGCGCAAAUUCGUUUAUAGUGGCAAGCCGCAACAGUUGGUUAUGACCAUUCCACUAAAGGAACCACUGCCACCGCAAUAUUAUGUGCGCAUUGCAAGCGACACUUGGUUGGGCAGCGCCACUUGGACGGCGCUCUCCUUCAAACACCUCGUUUUACCCGAACACCAUCCGCCACUGACCGAAUUACUGCCGUUGCAUCCGUUGCCGGUCUCAUGCCUGAAGAACCCGAAAUUCGAAUCACUAUACAAUUUCACACACUUCAAUCCGAUUCAAACACAGAUCUUCCAUUGUCUCUACCAUACCGAUAACAACGUGCUGUUGGGUGCACCUACAGGCUCCGGCAAGACCAUUGUGGCUGAAAUUGCUAUUUUCCGUGCUUUCAAUAAGCACCCACGCGCCAAAAUAGUCUAUAUUGCACCGCUGAAAGCGCUGGUUAAGGAGCGUAUUAACGAUUGGAAGCGACGCUUCGAGCAGCCGCCACUAAGUUGGAAGGUGGUGGAGCUGACCGGUGAUACAGCGCCCGAUAUACAGGCCAUACGUGAGAGUCAAAUCAUCGUGACCACACCGGAAAAAUGGGACGGUAUAAGUCGGUCGUGGCAAACUCGAGAGUACGUACAAGAUGUGGUGUUGAUUGUAAUCGACGAGAUACAUUUACUGGGCGAAGAUCGUGGCCCGGUUAUCGAGGUAAUUGUGUCGCGUACUAAUUUCAUAACGUCGCACACAGGGCGCAGCAUCCGCAUUGUCGGCUUGUCAACGGCAUUGGCCAAUGCGCAAGACUUGGCUAAUUGGCUGGGCAUCACGAAAAUGGGACUGUACAACUUCAAGCCAUCGGUGCGUCCUGUGCCGCUACAAGUGCACAUCAAUGGAUUUUCGGGCAAGCAUUAUUGCCCGCGCAUGGCCACCAUGAAUCGUCCGACAUUCCAGGCCAUUCGUACAUAUUCACCCUGCGAACCGGCCAUCGUUUUUGUUUCAUCACGUCGUCAGACCCGACUGACCGCACUGGAUUUGAUCACCUUUGUUGCCGGCGAUGAUAAUCCCAAGCAAUUUCUGCAUCUACCAGAGCACGAAAUGCAUCAAAUACUACAGCAAAUCAAGGAUUCCAAUUUAAAAUUCUGCCUUGCAUUUGGCAUUGGUCUGCAUCAUGCCGGUCUGCAGGAGCAAGACCGCAAGACAGUCGAAGAGCUCUUUCUCAAUCGCAAAAUUCAAGUGCUCAUUGCCACUGCCACUCUAGCUUGGGGCGUCAACUUGCCGGCACAUUUAGUUGUCAUCAAAGGUACUGAGUAUUUCGAUGGAAAAGUGAAGAAAUAUGUAGACAUGCCCAUCACCGAUGUCUUGCAAAUGAUGGGUCGAGCCGGUCGUCCGCAAUUCGAUAACGAAGGUGUUGCCGUUGUGUUGGUACACGAUGAAAAGAAGAAUUUCUAUAAAAAAUUCCUGUAUGAUCCAUUUCCCGUUGAAUCGAGCCUGUUGGGUGUUUUGUCGGAGCAUAUAAAUGCGGAAAUCGUUUCCGGCACUGUGCAAACCAAACAGGCUGCACUGGACUACCUCACGUGGACGUAUUUCUUCAGACGCCUAUUGCGCAAUCCAACGUAUUACAAUUUGGAGGGUUUAGAACCGGAGCAGCUCAAUGGUUUCCUUUCGUCGUUGAUUGAACGCGUCAUAUAUGAACUGGAAUCAGCUGCCUGUGUGCUGCAACGCGAAAACAUGCUUAUACCGACGUUCCUUGGACGCAUCGCGUCUUUUUAUUACUUAUCACAUCGCACAAUGAAACAUUUCCUAGACGAUUUAACUGAAGGCAUGAGUACGAGUGAGGUACUAGUGGCUAUCGCAGACUCGUACGAAUUCGAUCAGCAGCCCGUACGGCACAACGAGGAUAAAUACAAUGAGGAAUUGGCCGAAUCGUGUCGUUACCGUCCACCCGCUCCAACCUGGGACUCACCAUACACAAAAACAUUUUUGCUGUUGCAAGCGCAUUUCUCACGCCUCUCACUGCCGAAUUCAGAUUUUUUAACCGAUACCAAGUCCGCCCUAGACAAUGCCACGCGUGUCAUGCAAGCCAUGGUCGACUACACAGCAGAGCGUGGCUGGCUCAGCACCACGUUGCGCCUGCAACAACUUAUGCAGUGUGUCAUACAAGCACGUUGGUUCGACGAAUCGGAAUUUUUAACAUUGCCACAUGUCACUGCCGCGAAUGUGUCGGUAUUUUAUAAUAUAGAACAUAACUACAGCUAUCUCACUUUGCCGACAUUGAAAGAGCUAUGCAGGAAGGAUUACGAGCGUCUAGCCGGCCCGCUAAGAGAUGUAUUCGAAGAGCAAGAGAUUGAACAAAUCUAUAGGGUGUUGCAAGCUGUACCAGAGUUAAGCGUACAGAUCUCCAUACAGGGUAGGCAUUUUGAUGAUAUGGAAGCUAUGCGUGUUAUAUCUAGUGCCCCGUCAACCGAAAACUGGACGAAAAUACAUCCGAAUGAAGACUAUGUGCUCUCUAUAGAAAUGAAACGUAUGAAUUGGAAUGUACGUGAAUUGCGUACACAACAUGGGAAUCCCAUUGCUAUACACUGUCCAAAAUAUCCCAAGGGCAAGAGUGAAGCUUGGUUCUUGACGCUCGGCUCCCAAGCCAAUAGCGAGUUGCUCGCCAUGAAGCGUGUUAGUAUGCGUGGUCAUCGGGCCACCAAUCGCAUUUGCUUCCAAUCGACGCCACGUCGUGGACGCGUGGUUCUCACGCUGUACCUUAUCUCAGACUGUCUUAUUGGUGUGGAUCAACAAUUCGAGCUACAAUUCGACGUCGUUGAUGCAAAAGCGUGAGCGAUUUAAAAAUAAAAUAUUCGAAAGUUUAAGUUCAAAUUGAAGAGAUGUGCCAGCUGUUUAUUAAAACAAUAAGAACUUUAGCUUUGGGUAACUUUUUUUAUUUCAUUGUUUGAAAUCCUUAACAAGUUUUGUCGUUACACUAAGUGUACGCGAACUUUUUUGCCCCAUUGCACAUUAUAUGUAUGUAUAUUUAAGUACGCAAAAAGUAAUAUGUAAGUACGUACGCUUUUUUUAUUAAUUAUCAAUACUAUAUUCCUAUACCCAUUCGUAUUUUUGUAAUUUAACUGAAUUUGAUUCGUCUAAAUUAAAAUUCAAUAGUUUGAAGCAAAGAAUAAAAAACUAUUAUUUAAAAUAUA